AUGACUUUCUAUGAUUUAGUAACUCCAAACCUAAAACCCAUCUUCAGUGCUCCUGACCUGCACUCCAAAAUUGAAGCUAGCUUCAAACAGAAGAGGAGGAAGAAGGUUAAGAAGAAGAUAACAGAUGAUGUAUGGACUGAGAGUGAAGAGUCAGAGCCAGAGAAGAGUACCGUUAGGCCCAGUAGAGUCGCGGAUGGGGAGGGGGACAGGAAGAUGAGAGGUGAUGAUGAGAUUUCUGAUGUCAAACCACAAGGAAAAGUGAGUUAUUUGGCAAGCGAGGAGUUUAAGGUGCCUCAUGUGAAUCCAAAACCGUUUUUAAAGGCUACUUUCAGAAAAUAAAAUGAUGAUAAACCAAGGAUUAUUACAAAAUAGAAGAAAAGAAUUAUUCACAGAAAGGAUCAACAGAGACAUCAAACAAAAAGUGCUAAACUACCCCUUAGUGCACAUCGAAAAACCAAAAAAUCCUAAAUAAACGACUGAUUCCCUCAAUUCCUCGGCGGAACCACUCUAGCUUGCUCAGGCUUAACAAUAUGAACAACAUGUACUCGCAUGGCUUCCAGAAUAAAAUCCUGAGCUCCCAUCUUUCCAUGAAUAAGACUUCAUACAAAGAUACCACACGCAAGAAUCCAAGCUUCAAAUCAAUCCCACCUGGCAUCUGCCAGGAUUACCUGAGCGAGAGAUCAAGAAGAAUGCUGGACUCUGAGGAUGAACAGGAAUUUAUGAACAUAAGCCAGAUUGAGAGACAUUUGAGUUUUAAUAAGAUGCCUGAGUACUUACAGAAGAGGAAGAGCAGUGAGGAGGAAGUGCCCCAGAGGCUGCCUGAGAUGAAAAAGAGAGAUAGCUCGAAGAAUGAAGGUCAAGGGUUCAUCAAGUUUAAUCAAUGAUUUAAGAAAAUUUUUAAGAACUAUAACAACUAGUCUGGUAUGGCAUUAACGAUGAUAAUACAUAAUUAUUUGAUAAAAAAGUUGCUGAUUUUUCUUGAUUAUUGAACAUCACUCCUAAUCCAUUACUUGCAUCAAACACCUUCCUUAUCCCCCAUUAAUCUUACUACUUCACACAUUAUCCCUUCUUUACAAUAUCACAAAGACCUAACUAUAUCUCUUAAUCCCCAGUGAC